UAAUAAACUCACACACACAUCAUAAUCUUUUGACCACCACAAUUAAGGCAGGCAAGCACUACCAUGGAACCUCAGCCAUGGAACCUCAUGCGCUCGGGCUGCCUCAGCACAAAGAGGUUCUCUAAUGUCCUCCACCUCUACGAACUCUAUUGAGUUGAGAACCAAUCAGACAGCUACAGUUUAGUCUUGGCUAUUCGGGGUGAACGCUAUAAGAAUAAACGUGAAGCUUGAAAUUCCAAAAUUAAAUGCUAAAAGCCUUCUAACGUAGAUGAUUGCGUCAAUGACUUUGGGCACGAGAAGACUAUUUCCCACUAUUGAUGCUUCUAAAUCAGUGGAUUUACAUUCUCUUUUCCCUCACUGCAACUCUCUUCGCCACCUUCAACAACUGCACGCCCAAAUUCUCAUUCAUGGCAUCCACCUCUCCAACUUGCUUGGCUCAAAGCUUGCCGACUCGUACUUUGCUUCUGGCCACUCCCAUUAUGCUAGGCAAGCGUUUGAUCAAAUGCCUAGUAAGAAUCCCCAGUCGUGGAACACCAUGCUCUCUGGGUACCUCAACACAAAUACCUUCUCUGAGAUCUUACCCCUCUACCAACUCUAUCGUGCUGAGAACCAGAAUACAAACAGCUACAGUUUGGUCUUCAUUAUCCGGGCUUGCACAAAGCUGUCUCUGAAGGAAGGGAAAUCCAUUCAUUCAGAAGCCAUUAAAUUCGGUCUUGAAACAAAUACGUACGUAUCCCCUUCGCUUAUCAAUAUGUACCACGAACUGGGUUCUUUGGAAGAUGCUGAGAAGGUAUUUAAGCAAGCCCCGCUGUUAAAUCCAACCAUUUGUGGUCUUAUGAUGAAAGGCUAUUCAAAAGCUUCGAUGGAUCUUGAGGUUGUCGAAUGCUUUGAUAAGAUGAAAGAGUUGCGUGUUCAAUUAAAUCCCUGCGCUGCAGUUUGUCUUGCUAGAGCUUUUGGAAAUCUUGCUGCUGCUAAGCAAGGUCGUGCGAUCCAUGCCCUCUUCAUCAAAAGUGCUUUAAUGGCUUCUAAUGUAUAUUUGCAGACCUCGCUUCUUGAUAUGUACAUGAAAAGUGGCUUCAUAGAAUGUGCUCAUAAGCUGUUCGGUGAAUUGCCGUGUAAGGAUAUUGUAUCAUGGAGUACAAUGGUUGCAAGGUUGGCUCAAUGUGGGAGAGGUUAUGAGUCUCUUCUAACAUUCCAGGGAAUGUUAGAAGAAUCUAUAAUACCCAACGCAGUCACACUUUCUAGUGUCCUGCUAGCUUGCUCGCACUUGGGUUCCCUGCUGCAAGGUAAGAGCACUCAUGGAUAUAUCCUCAGGCAUGGGAUUGAGCUUGAUAUUGUAGCUUACACUGCUUUAUUAGAUAUGUAUGCUAAAUGCGGAUCCAUUGACAUGGCAUACAAGGUGUUUGAUCAAAUGCAGCAGAGGAAUAUAUUUACUUGGACCGCAAUGAUUGGAGGGUUUGGAAUGCAUGGUAUGGUCUCGAGAGUGCUUGAUCUAUUCCAUCAGAUGAGGUUGGUGAAUGAAAUGCCGAAUUCUGUUACAUUUGUGUCACUUCUGUCUGCCUUAAGUCACUCAGGGAGUGUUCAAAAAGGGAUUGAGUGCUUUAAAUCAAUGAACAGAGACUAUGGCUUAUCUGCAACAAAUGAGCACUAUUCAUGUAUGGUUGACCUCUUCGGCCGUGCAGGGCUUAUUGAAGAAGCUGAGACAUUAAUCAAGAAUAUGCCCAUUGAGCCUUCUGCUAGCGUUUGGGGGGCACUUUUGGGAGCUUGCAGGAUCCAUAAACACGGGGAACUGGCAGAGCAAGUGGCUAAUAAGCUUUUUGCCUUGGAUCACGACAUGUCCGAUACACAUGUGUUACUCUCAAACAUAUAUGGUGCAUCGGAAACGUGGGAAAUGGUGAAGAAGACAAGGGAAAAAAUGAAUGAGAGAGACUUGCAGAAAACCCUUGGUUUCAGCUCAAUUGAAGUUGAUAAAAAGGUUUACGUUUUUGGUGUUUGUGAUACUUCAAAAUCCUGGGAUUCAAGAAUUGCAGGGCUUUGGAAUGUUCUUAGCAUUCAUAUGAAAGAAAUCAGUUUUAUAGAUUUUCAAUCUAGGGAGAAUGAUGUGGAUGAGGUGAUUGAAGAGAUCGUCUAUGGUUGCACCCAGAAGUUUGCAAUAACCUUUUGAGUUCUGAAUACUGUAUGUAUCAGGAUUUUUCUGCACUGUGCAGUUGUUGGAGAAUAUCAGUUUGAAGGAUCAAAUGAACGAAUUUCUCUAUGAAUCUUUUGAGGUUGGAAAUAAGAGGAGAAUGACAAAGGUUAGGAGGAUUAACGAGCAAGUGACGAGGCUGCGUAAGGCCUAUUCAUUAAUGUUGCAAGAGAAGCAGGAGAAAAAUAGACGAAGAUCAGGCGAUAAAGCUGCCUCAGAAGUACAGGACAGGAAUUCAUGAGAAUUUGGUGAUGGAGCUGCUCGAGGAGCAGGUGAUGAGGUCUCAUAAGAGACAUGCCAGCAGGUUCGCAUCGAAUUUUGCUCAAGGAGGUCAAUGACGUUGCCUGAGGAGUUACCAACUAGGCUGAACAUGUACACGAUGAAGCUGCAUGAGUAAUAGGUGAUGAAGUUACAUAUUGGUUGAGCACAAGUAUUUUUUUUCUUUGAUGAUUUUGGCUUUUGUUGAAUCAAAUUUUUUUGGGAUAAGACCUUUUGGCCAUGAGGUGGAAUCCUAUAGUUCUUCCUUUUAGAGUGAUCUUGGAGCACUCAUGUCAAAGCCUUUUUUCAGAAUUUUUUUUGUUCUCGGUUCUCAUCAGAAUUUGAUACAAAAAUUUGUUGAGAACUCUGUAUAUUUUGAAUUGCUAUAAUAUUUUUUCCUCAAUGAAAAUUGAUCAUUUUUACUAGAAAAAUUUUCCCUUAUAUCCGAGGUAUAGCCAUUUUUUUCUAGCUUCAUCAAACUUAAUCUUUGAGCUUGUCCAAGAAAUGAAAUUUUUGCCAAGAAAAAAAAUUCAGCAACAGAAAAUCUUUUGUACCAAAUGUUAAUGUUGCAUGAACAGCUUAUAGGGUUAUUUUAUUUGUAGUUUUUGUAACAUUUUUUUUUUUGUGUCACCUACAUGAACAUAGUUCAAAGCUGGGGGUUUUAGAAAAUGAUAUGAACUGGAGCUUAAGGAAAGAUUUUGGUAGUUUAAGAAAUUGCUAACUACUCGAGGAGGCAAUGAAGGUGCUGCCAGAUUAGGAUUUGGGAGUGGAAGUGAGGUCAUGCCAUAAAUGUUAACUGAGGUUUUCAAAGGGGUUUUUGUUAAUCUCAAAAAUAUUUGAUAUAUUUAUGCAUGAUGCAAAUAAUAACUAACACAAUUUAAGGGAGUUAUAAUGUGAGGGAUUUGAUAAGACAAGACAUGUUGCCUAUCCAUAUGGAGAAAUUGGCAUGACGCCAAUGGCCUUUUUUGCUUCAUGUGAGAGGAAUUCCUUAGUGCCAAUAAUGCUAACAAUAUAUAGUUUGUCUUAGCUGAGUGAAUUUCACUUUGGAUGAACAACUUAGGGUGCGUUUGGGGCGACGUUUUUCUUGCUUCACAUUAUGUAAAGUAACCAAAGAAUUGUUUGGGGCGCCAAAUUCAUGCUCUAUUGUAAAACUUUUUUGCGUCCCGUGGUUACUUUUCCCGCCCUAAGAAUGCCUCAUGUGGUCCGCUAUUGGUCGUUGCUUUCCGUGGUUUCGAAGGGCAUAAAUGACGAAAAUGCCCCACCUGCAAUGUUUGCUAUAGGCCAACGUCGACCUCCUCAAGCUCAUCCAUCUCGGACUCACCUUCUCCAUGCUCGCGGCAGUCUCCCGACCUUUGCCUCUCUGGCCCGCUUCUGCAUCGGGAAGUUCAACUUCCAUGCGUUCCCCGCCACUCACGACGUCUACGCCUCCGACCUGCUCCAAGUCUUUCGACCUGACAGUUCCAUCAAUCCGCCGAUUCCCAGCCCCGAGCUCUUCCACUCAAUCGAAUGAGCCCCGACCCCCUCGCCGAUCAAUCUUGAUACUGAGUCUAGGCAGUGUGCAGGGCGUGCAGAUGGAAGGCAUGGACGACAUAGUUAUCUAUUUGUUCGAGAGAGGAGGCAAGGGGCGGCUGGUGGCAUUCAUGUCUUCCAUCUGGCUGAUGGACAGCAGGGGUUGGGGUCCAUUUUUUUUCUAAAAAAAUAAUCUAUAGUUCCAGUCCUUCCUUAAUCCUGAUGUGCGUGAGAGCAGAAGAAAAGUGCUCUUCCAUUAUCAUCUUCCUUCGACACUACCUGCAAUUGGAGCUUGAGAGACAGAGAGAGCAGAAGCAACCUACGAAAGGGCCUUGUGCAUGCGAUUGAGGCCAAGAUUGAGCACAGACAGGUAUUGAAGAACUUAAUCCUUAUCAGAACUAAUUCCUUAUCAUAAUUAUUACAAAAAGAAGCAAAGAUUUGUAGGUGGAAGGCAAUCCGAUACCUGAAGCAAUAAAAAAAAUUAUAAAAAAAAAAAAUCUCUAUUGCCUUUGUUGAUUUGAUGUGCUUUCCUAAAGGUGUAGGCUUUCUUCUUUCAUCAAAGUUUUAUUGCCACGAGCAUGCUUUCUAAAAAAAAUUUAUGUCUGAAAUCAAAAUAAUUCCUGAGUUUGUGGCCAAAGUUUAUCUGUUUACAGACCAUAUACAUCAAUUUAAUGGAAUUGAUUUUUACAUAUUUUCAUAUUUCUCUGUACACUAAAUUUGGGCUUAUUUGCAAUGUAAUUAGACCA